AUGAUGAUGGACGGCUGGCCGUCGCUGAUGCUGCUGGCUGUCCUCGCCAUUGCGGGAGGCGGCCUCGGGGCAGACACAGAGGAGCGGUUGGUGGAGCAUCUCUUAAACCCUGCCCACUACAACAAACUGAUCCGUCCCGCGACUAACGGCUCCGAGCUGGUUACCGUGCAGCUGAUGGUGUCGCUGGCUCAGCUCAUCAGCGUGCAUGAAAGAGAGCAGGUGAUGACCACCAAUGUCUGGCUGACACAGGAGUGGCAGGACUAUCGGCUGACUUGGGUCCCUGAGGAGUUUGAUGGGAUGUUGAAGGUCAGGCUGCCCUCAAAACACAUCUGGCUGCCGGACGUGGUGCUCUACAACAAUGCUGAUGGGGUGUACGAGGUGUCAUUCUACUCCAACGCGGUGGUUUCCUACGACGGCAGUAUCUUCUGGUUGCCCCCGGCCAUCUACAAGUCAGCCUGCAAGAUCGAGGUAAAGCACUUCCCCUUCGACCAGCAGAACUGCACGCUGCGCUUCCGCUCCUGGACCUAUGACCGCACAGAGAUCGAUCUGGUUCUCCGUGCUGACGUGGCCAGCAUGGACGACUUCACGCCCAGCGGCGAGUGGGACAUCAUCGCCCUGCCCGGCAGACGAAACGAGAACCCAGCCGACCCCACCUAUGUGGACAUCACCUACGACUUCAUCAUUCGCAGGAAGCCGCUUUUUUACACCAUCAACCUCAUCAUCCCGUGUGUGCUCAUCACCUCGCUGGCCAUCCUGGUCUUCUACCUGCCCUCUGACUGCGGAGAGAAGAUGACGCUCUGCAUCUCCGUGCUGCUGGCUCUCACUGUGUUCCUGCUGCUGAUCUCUAAGAUCGUCCCCCCCACGUCACUAGACGUCCCCCUCGUGGGGAAGUACCUGAUGUUCACUAUGGUCCUGGUCACUUUCUCCAUCGUCACCAGUGUGUGUGUGCUCAACGUACACCACCGCUCGCCGACCACACACACCACCCCCUGGGUUAAGCUGGUGUUCCUCAACAAGCUUCCCGCCUUGCUCUUCAUGCGGCAGCCCAGGAACAGCUGCGAGCGCCAGCGGCUGCGCCAGAGAAGGAGGGCCCAGGAGCAGAAGGAGGGUGGGCGCAGCGGGGAGGCGGGGGCCCUGGUGGUGGGGCUCGGGUUGGGCAACGCUGGCGGGAACGGAGGGGGAACCUCCACAGGGGUGUUCAGCAAGGAGGACAAUGACCCUUGUACCUGCUACGUGAAUCGGGCGUCUGUUAAACAGUUCGGAGGGGAUCUGGGAGGAGCUGGUGGGGGAUCCAUGGAUGGUCUGAACAGGGUGAGGGAGGGCCGGGAAGGGGCCUCUGGAAACCUGCCACGGGGGAAGCAAGCAGCGGGAGGUCCCGCUCUGACUCAGGCCCUGCUGGCUCAAGCCUGUCCGGGCUUUGAGGAGGCUGUGGAAGGAGUUCGCUUCAUCGCCAACCACAUGAAGAGUGAGGAUGAUGAUCAGAGUGUGAGCGAGGACUGGAAGUACGUCGCCAUGGUGAUCGACCGCCUCUUCCUGUGGAUCUUUGUGUUUGUGUGCGUGUUUGGCACACUGGGCAUGUUCAUGCAGCCGCUUUUCCAGAAUUACACAGUCAAGACCAUCACCAGCUCGCCGGGCUGA